AUGGCGUCAUUAUCGCUUCCUCGAGUACUCCAGCUAAAGAAAAAUAGUCUGGAUGCUGAACGUGAACAAUUCGAAAAAUUCCAGACACUAGCUAUACAAAAAGCUAUCAACGCGAUCGAGACCCCUGUAAAGGAGAAACAUGUCCGGAGUACAAUUAUUGGUACCUUCCAAGAGCAAAGCGCUGUUACGUAUUGGAUGGUGGCGAUCCGUCAGCCUUUACUUGAUAACCGUAUCGUCGCAUGGAAGUUCUGCCAUGUAACGCACAAGUUGCUGCGCGAGGGUCACCCCGCCUGCUUGGAUGACUCACAGCGACAUAUCGGGAUGAUCGAGAACCUAGGCAAGCUAUGGGUGCACCUUCGCGAGGGCUAUGGCCGCUUGGUACACUUGUACUGCAAUCUGCUUGUGUGCAAGCUGAAGUUUCACAACCGCAACCCGCGCUUCCCGGGCAACAUGCAGCUUACCGCUGACGAGCUGGAUAACAUCGCAGAGAACGAUGUCAAUAAUUAUUUCCAGAUAUGCGUCGAGUUAUUCGAUUACAUGGACGACAUUUUAAACCUACAAGCGGCAGUGUUCGAGAGCCUGGGCAACGCGCGCGCCAACUCGAUGACGGCGAGCGGGCAGUGCCGGCUGGCGGCGCUGAUCCCGUGCGCGCAGGACGCGUCGCACAUCUACGACUGCAACGUGCGCCUGCUGUUCCGCCUGCACGCCGCGCUGCCGCCUGACACGCUCGCCGGCCACCGCGAGAGGUACCCCUCCAGCACAUCUGGCAGUGCUGCUCUUGUGCGCAGGACGCGUCGCACAUCUACGACUGCAACGUGCGCCUGCUGUUCCGCCUGCACGCCGCGCUGCCGCCUGACACGCUCGCCGGCCACCGCGAGAGGUACCCCCCCGCACUCCUGGCAGUGCUGCUCUUGUGCGCAGAACGCGUCGCACAUCUACGACUGCAACGUGCGCCUGCUGUUCCGCCUGCACGCCGCGCUGCCGCCCGACAUACUCGUCGGCCACCGCGAGAGGUACGCCCCCAGCACUCCUGGCAGUGCUGCUCUUGUGCGCAGGACGCGUCGCACAUCUACGACUGCAACGUGCGCCUGCUGUUCCGCCUGCACGCCGCGCUGCCGCCCGACACACUCGCCGACCACCGCGAGAGGUACCCCCCAGCACUCCUGGCAGUGCUGCUCUUGUGCGCAGGACGCGUCGCACAUCUACGACUGCAACGUGCGCCUGCUGUUCCGCCUGCACGCCGCGCUGCCGCCCGACACACUCGCCGGCCACCGCGAGAGGUACGCCCCCAGCACUCCUGGCAGUGCUGCUCUUGUGCGCAGGACGCGUCGCACAUCUACGACUGCAACGUGCGCCUGCUGUUCCGCCUGCACGCCGCGCUGCCGCCCGACACACUCGCCGGCCACCGCGAGAGGUACGCCCCCAGCACUCCUGGCAGUGCUGCUCUUGUGCGCAGGACGCGUCGCACAUCUACGACUGCAACGUGCGCCUGCUGUUCCGCCUGCACGCCGCGCUGCCGUCCGACACGCUCGCCGGCCACCGCGAGAGGUACGCCCCCAGCACUCCUGGCAGUGCUGUUCUUGUGCACAGGACGCGUCGCACAUCUACGACUGCAACGUGCGCCUGCUGUUCCGCCUGCACGCCGCGCUGCCGUCCGACACGCUCGCCGGCCACCGCGAGAGGUACGCCCCCAGCACUCCUGGCAGUGCUGCUCUUGUGCGCAGGACGCGUCGCACAUCUACGACUGCAACGUGCGCCUGCUGUUCCGCCUGCACGCCGCGCUGCCGUCCGACACGCUCGCCGGCCACCGCGAGAGGUACGCCCCCAGCACUCCUGGCAGUGCUGUUCUUGUGCGCAGGACGCGUCGCACAUCUACGACUGCAACGUGCGCCUGCUGUUCCGCCUGCACGCCGCGCUGCCGCCCGACACACUCGCCGGCCACCGCGAGAGGUACGCCCCCAGCACUCCUGGCAGUGCUGCUCCCGUGCGCAGGACGCGUCGCACAUCUACGACUGCAACGUGCGCCUGCUGUUCCGCCUUCACGCCGCGCUGCCGCCCGACACAUUCGCCGGCCACCGCGAGAGAUUCCGGCAGCAGUUUAAGAAACUAAGUUCCUUCUACAAGCAUGCUAGCAGUCUCCAGUACUACAGAAAUCUGCUAACACUACCCGUCCUACCGUCGAAUCCACCCAAUUUUCUCAUACAGAGUGAUUUCGGCACAUACGUCACUCCGGUGGUGUCGAUUCCAGAGCCACCGCCCGAUGAAGUAGACUCUGUUGGCAGCCUUAUAGACACGUCGGAUACUAUCAGUCAGGCGUCGCAUAUGUCGCAGAUGUCGCGCGCAGAGUCGGUGGAGCGGCGCGCCACGCCCUCGCCGCAGCCCGACCCCGUCCUGGAGCGCGACCGCCUCAUCGACCACCUGCAGACCGAGCUCAAGCGAAUGCGAACAGAAGUAUCGCAACUUGUGCAGGAGCGUAACACAAUGUUAGGCUCGAUGCGGGAACACUGUACACGCCUUGAAACUCAACUUCAAGCUACAAAGACUGAACUAGAGGAAGAGAAAGAAAAAGCCGAUACUUUAGCUGCUGAAACGCCAGAAAUUAAACAGAAAUUAGUAGAAACGGAGGAAAAAGCUAAAGUGAUUGAUGAGAAAUUUCAAAAAUUAAAAGGGGCCUACACACAAUUACGGGAAGAGCACAUUACUUUAAUCAGACAGAAAGCUGAAGUUGACAAAAUGGCCUCCAGUCUACGCGCUGCCGCGGCGCAACAUGAAAAUGCUAAAACGAUGCUACAGCAACAGCUAAACGAUAGAAUGAAAGAUGUGGAACUUCUUCAACAAAGCGCAUCGUCCAGUGAAGAAAUAGAGGCAUAUAAAAGUGAAAUUUCCAAUCUCCGAACUGAAUUGGAAAAUUCCAGACAAAAAGAGGUAGAGUUACAAAAUUUGAAAGCUUCUAUGGAAACAUUGGAAAUUGAACAUAAAACUGCAACAACCGAACAACAAGAAAAGUUUUUACUAAUGGCAAAUGAAUUGAAAGAAGUCAAAGAAAAUCUAGAGAAAGUUCAAAAAGAAAAAGAAGAAAGAGAUGCGGUAUUAAAUAAGACUAAAGAAGAACUAUUAGCUAUAAAACAGAGAAAUGGGGAAGAGUUAAAGACAGUGUUAAGGGAAAAAGAAGCAGCCAUACAAGAAAUAGCCGAAUUAAAACAGCAGUACCAACAGGAGAAAGAGAGGUUAGACCAAGAAGUAUUAGUAAAUCAAGAUCUUCAUAUCAAGUUUAUUGAAAAAGAUUCUGAAAUUAAAAGUACCUUGAUCAAACUUGAGGAGAUUAAUGUAGAAUUUGAAAAUAAAAAAGCGGAUUAUGAUAAAAAGCUUAUGAAUCAGUCUGCAGAAAUCAUAAGUCUUCAGGAAAAAAUAGAUGAAUGUUUACAAAGUAAAAAGUGUACCGAAGGUCUUGUUGAACAGCUUGAGACAGAUGUUAGUAAUAUAAAAAUUAAAUUAGAAAAAGAAAUCAAUGAAAAAAUUAAAUGUCAAAAUGCUAUAAAAGAAAAAGACCUUGAAAUAACACAUCUCAAAAAUAGUAUAAAAGAAGUUGACUUUAAUAAGAAUACUGCUUUGAGUGAGUUGCAAGAUAAAAAUCAAGAGAUGUUUAUUUUAGAAAAAAAUUUAACUGCAACUAUUAAGGAAAAGGACUUGGAAGUUGAAAAUUUACGACAAUUACUUAUUGAAAAAAUAGAUUGCCAUCAGGCACAGACUGCAACUCUAGAAAGCCUAAUGAAUAAUAUUUCUGAAUUGAAAAUAAUUAUUGCAAAUAAAGAUAAACAAAUAGCUGAAUUAAGUUCAAAGCUAGAUGAGAAUUUAUUGUGUAUCGAGAAAGGGAGAAAACAAUUUGAAACACUUCAAAAUAAAUACGAAAUUGAAACAUCAAUAAUGCAGGAAAAAUUACAACACGUAAGCGACUCUAAAGAAGAACUUAUUAAAAAUUUUAAAGAAAUCAUCUCGGAAAAAGAUAAACAAGUAAUCGAUCUCAAUAUAGAAGUGAACAAAUUAUCGGUCGAAGUAUCGCGACUAACUGAACAACUAAACGAGGCUAAUGCCGAAUUAGAGAUAGGAAAAAAUGAGCUGUUAAAUUUAAAAGAUGAAUAUGAGCAUAUUAUUUCUAAAAAUAAAGCAAAUUUAGAUUUAAAGAAUAAUGACUUGCAAACACUUAACGAUGAAAUUAGUAAACUGUCUUCUGAAAAGAAAGAGAUUAUAGCAGAAAAGGAGAGCAUAAUUAACGAAUUAACAAAUCAUAAACAGGCACUGGAAAACCGAAUAAAACAAAAGGAGGAAACCAUAGAAAUAUUAAAUAAUAACCUAUAUAUCAUGCAAAAUGAAAAAAUUGAAAUUGAAAAUAAGUUGAAUGAUGAAAUCGAUCAGUUAAAAAAAGAGAAGAAAGAUUUCAUACACAUUUCAGAAACAGAACGGAAAAAGGUUGAAGAUCAAAAUAUUUGUUACAAACAAUUGCUUUAUGCUAAAGAUACAACUUUAGGACAAGUAAUAAAAGAGAGAGAUGAAUUAAUGGACCAAUUCGCUGAAUUAGAACAGUUAAAAAUUAAGGAAAAAGAUGAGAUGGAUGUCAUUUUAUCAGUAAAAGAGAAGGAAUAUCAGAUGAUAAACGCUAGGCUAGAACACACUGAAACAGAGAGACUAACCGCUGAGUGUGAAUUACAGGACUUAUUGCAACAAAACACAGUGUUAGAAGCAGAUGUAGCGUCUUUAAAAGCCCACCUGCAAGAAGCGCAAGUGGAAAUUAAGCGACAAACUUCAAGAUUAGUGACAUGUGCCAGUGAAACAGCCCUUGAAGUGACAAACAGAGCCCUAGAGGCGUUUGAACAAGCCAGCCUUCGUGACACUAAUCGCCUCGCAGCAGAGUUAGCAGAAAAAGCCUUAGGCGAAUUAACAAGGAAUACAGAGAUCAACGGUAACGAAGAAACAGUAGCAAAAUCAGCUAUAUUUGCUGCGCACAACACAGCACAACUCUCCGGAUAUAUCAUGGAAAUUUGCAGUGUUGCUACGGAUUUGGAACUCUCUGACAAGUUGAGCAACGAGUGCCGCGCGAUGCUAUCAGCGACGAAGCAGUGCCUGGAGUCGCUGCGAACAGGCGCGCUGGAGGUGAGUGCGUGCGAGGGUGCGCGCGCUAGCGUGCGCGCGGCGGCGGCGCGCGUCGCAGCGGCGGACGCGGAGCCCGCGGCGCGCAGUGUGGACGACGAGCUCGCCUCCAUGGACAGCGCCAUUGAACAGGCUGCCGCGCAGAUCGAGGAGAUGCUGGCCGCCAGCCGAGCAGCUGACUCAGGAGUGAAACUGGAAGUAAACGAGAAAAUCUUGGACGCUUGCACUACGCUUAUGGCUGCAGUAAAAGUACUAGUCCAGGAUGCGAGGAAACUGCAGAACGAACUUGGUGAUCCUAAGACACGGCAGAAGAUGUAUAGGAGGAACCCGCAGUGGUCAGAAGGACUCAUAUCAGCCGCGAAAGCUGUCGUGUUUGCUGCCAAGCUGCUGGUUUCGUCCGCGGACGAGACGGUCAACGGUCGGGGCCGCGUGGAGGGCGUGAGCGCGGCGGCGCACGAGGUGGCGGGCAGCACGGCGCAGCUGGUGGCGGCGUCGCGCGCGCGCGCCCCGCCCGCCGCGCCCGCGCUGGCGCGCCUCGCCGCCGCCUCGCGCCACGUGGCCGCCGCCGCCGGGGCCGUGCUGGCGGCCGCGCGCCACGCCGCGGAUCUCGCGCGCGACACAGAGGCCCUUGACACUUCUACUUUGACACUAACGGCGACGAGGCGCUUAGAGAUGGAAAGCAAAGUUCGCACUCUCGAACUGGAGACCGCAUUAGAAGCCGAGAGGAUGCGUCUUUCAGAGCUCAGGAAACGGCAUUAUCAACUCGCACAGCUUGAAGAGAAUGGCAACAUGACAAAUGGCAAAGAAUAA